AUGGUGAAGAAUCAGAGAUACAGUAAGUUUCAAUGGAAGAGCAGCAAAGAACAUACAGUUGAUAAAGACGAUGAUAAUUACUUACACCCUUUUGCUUUCAUCUGUAAAAAAUCUUGCUGCAACCAUAAGAGAGCAAAAAACAAGCUUUGCUUUUUCAUUUUUCUCUCUCUACUUUCUUGCACCUUGUUUCUAGCAACCUACCUAUUUUCUUCAGACUCCACAGCCGCCUUAUCAUUCUUGUACUCAUUUAGGGUUGAUAAUGGUUCUGAAACAGAUAUAAAUGCCUCCCUUUGUUCCUCCGUUCCCAAUGGAACUAUUUGUUGUGAUAGAAGCAGCAUUCGUUCAGACAUAUGUAUAAUGAAAGGAGAUGUAAGAACUUGCUCGGUUUCGUCUUCGAUCUUCCUCUAUGGAGCCACCGGUUCGAGCAGUCAUCUUACGGGCCUAAUCGAUGAUGAAGACGAGAGGGAGGAGGAAUAUGUAAUUCAACACGAAAAGAUCAGGCCGUAUACUCGAAAAUGGGAACCCGAAGUGAUGGACACGAUAACCGAAUUAGACCUCAUCGUGAAACGAAAAGACUUAGGUGUACGACAAAGUUGUCAUGUUGUGCACAACGUCCCUGCCGUGUUUUUCUCGACGGCAGGGUAUACUGGUAAUCUUUACCAUGAAUUCAAUGAUGGGAUCUUGCCUCUAUAUAUCACUUCACAACAUUUGAACAAGAAGGUUGUGUUUGUCAUUCUCGAGUAUCAUAAUUGGUGGAUCACGAAAUAUCGUGACAUACUCUCUCAACUCUCGGAUUUUCCGGUGAUAGAUUUUAACGGGGAUAAACGAAUCCAUUGUUUCCCUAAAGCCAUUGUUGGCUUAAGAAUCCAUGACGACCUCACUAUUGACUCGUCAUUGAUGGAAAACAAUAAGACGCUAGGAGACUUCCGAGACCUUUUGGAUUGUGCCUAUCGGCCGCGAAUUAGAGGUCUAAUCAAAGAAGAGGAACGAGAAGCUCAACUCAUCAUGGCGAAAUCUGCAUUUUCACCAUCAUCAAAGGCUCGGAGAAAGGCAGUGAAAAAGCCUAAACUGGUUAUAAUAUCAAGGUACGGGUCGAGAGCAAUAAGUAACGAAGAUAAAUUAGUGAAAAUGGCAGAGAGUAUCGGGUUUUCGGUCGAAGUUUUAAUGCCCGUAAGGACAACAGAAUUGGCUAAAGUCUACAAAGUUCUUAAUUCGAGUGAUGUUAUGGUUGGAGUCCAUGGUGCAGCCUUAACUCACUUCCUCUUUAUGAGGCCUGGUUCGGUUUUCAUCCAAGUCAUUCCUCUUGGUACCGAUUGGGCAGCCGAAACAUACUAUGAGGAACCAUCACAAAUGCUCGGUUUGAGGUACAUCGGCUACAAGAUCCUUCCAAAGGAGAGCUCAUUGUACGACGAGUAUGACAAAAAUGAUCCGAUUUUGAUUGAUCCAAGCAGUGUAAGCAAUAAGGGAUGGGAAUUCACGAAAAAGAUCUAUCUUGAUCAUCAAAUUGUGAGAUUGAAUCUAAGAAGAUUCCGUAAGCGCUUACUCCGUGCCUACAAUUACUCUAUUGCUAGGAAGAACAAGCUUAGACAUAUGUCAAUGGUGUAA